CGUGAGAAAUAAAGUGGCAGUGCGAGCUUUGCGGGGACAUCAGUGGCUGUUUGGCAGCGCGGCGCAUCGCUCUGCUUCUCCUCGCUGCGGUGAUUAAAGUUGAGCCGCUGACCUGCGCGCUUCCUCCCGGGGAAACUGCGCGUUUAACGAGCGUCAGUUUCCAUUUCUCCACUCCAGAUCAUUUGUUGCUGUCCGAGAGCUGAGCUUCAGCCCGGCGCAAGGACGGAUCCGGCUCCCAGGAUCACAGAUGGACUGGCUCGCACCUGAGAUGUGAACUGUGUUAUGUGAGCCAAGGUGUUUUCCCACCUUGCCGGUGGGGAAGAGAUGCUGCACUCCGUUACCAUGGCAGCGGAAGUUCUCCUUCUUCUGGGGUUCCUGAUGAGCGGUGCCCUGUGCAAUCCCAUAGCGACGCUGCCGGUGAGCCGGGAUCGUCUGGAGAAGGUGCUGACCCAAUCCCGGCAUGAGGAACAGCAGGACAAGCAGAGUCCAGAGGAGCCGCUGGAGUACGCCGCUCAGGAAACCAAAGCCUUUGGCCCCAACAGGACUGCCCCAGACCUCACUGGGCCUAGCUUUAGCUCCCCGUCACGCGGACUGAAAGGUGGCGAAUCCGAGCAGCAGUGGAGUGAACAGGACAGCCUAAACCAAAUAGACGAGGGCCCCACCAGAGACGUGGCCCUCUCCCUGGAUGCCAUCGACGAGUACGCCUACCCAGACUACAGAGGGAAAGGCUGCAUGGACGAGAGCGGCUUUGUGUUUGCCAUCGGCGACCAGUUCACCCCAGGCCCCUCGACGUGUCCUUGCCUCUGCACGGACGAGGGCCCUCUGUGCACCAAGCCCGAAUGUCCCAAGGUCCACCCUCGCUGCAUCAAAGUGGACACCAGCCAGUGCUGCCCUCUGUGCAAGGAGAAAAAAAACUACUGCGAGUUUCGGGGCAAGGUCUACGCCUCACUAGAAGAGUUUAAGGUUUCUCCGUGUGAGAAGUGCCGGUGUGAGCCCAGUGGAGAGGUUCUGUGCUCGGUGUCCGCCUGUCCUCAGACUGAGUGUGUGGACCCGGAGUACGAACCCGACCAGUGCUGUCCCAUCUGCAAGAGCGGGCCCAACUGCUAUGCGGACACAGAGGUGAUACCAGCUGGGCGAGAGGUGAAGAUUGAUGACUGCACAAUCUGCUACUGCACGUAUGAGGAGGGCACGUGGCAGAUCGAGCGGCAGGCCACCUGCAGUAAAAACGAGUGCUAACAAAGCUAAAGACUGGCACAGGUGAGGAGGGGCGGAGGAGGCAACACUCUCGCCGAACCACAUGCACACUCUCGGACUCUCACCCAGUCCACUGAUGAUCAGGGUCAGACAGCGGCGCUCCAACAAUUCAGCAUUUAUACAGCAGCCACUCCCCAACGACUGAAAAUGCUUUUAUGAAAGUUUCUAAUCUUCACACAGAUUAUCUAUUUAUCUAUGUAUUAAAUUAUUUCUGAAUAUAUUCAAAAUAUAAGGUCAUGCUGAACUAGUGAAAAGAUAUUUUUUAUAAUUUCUGUAUUUUAAUAAGCAAUGUACUGGACCAGAGGUCAACAACAACAAAGGAAUGUACAGAACACACGCUCACACACACACAGCUGUCUCUAGAGGUGAAAAACCUCAAUGUCUGAACAUGUGGUGUCAUCGUGACCUGACCCAACACCAGUCCGGUGCUCAUAACGGCGCCUGACUCAAUCUGUCCUGAAGCUAGUCCAUACCCCACCCCAAACACCACACCAGAAACCAGUUCAGACCUUUCCCAAAAUCUGCCCAACAUCCAUUCCAACACCAGUCCUUACCAGUCCUCACACCAGUCCUCAUAACAGUCUAGAUAGCAAUCCUAGAACCAGGCCCAACUUCAGUCCUAACUGGCUGAACCUGUUCCAACACCAGCAGAAGUCUCCACACUAGGCCCAGACCCGUCCAACACCACUCUUGACACAAUCUUGACAAAUGUUCCAACUUCGGUCCUGACUGCUCCGACCACUAGUCCCGGCAGAAAUACCUACACCAGUCUUGAUAUCAGACCCAACACCACCUCAAACUCCAGGCCUAUUACCAGACCCAAUACCAGUCCAAACACCAGACCAAUGCCAGUCCAAACACCAGACCAAUGCCAGUCCAAACACCAGACCCAAUACCAGUCCAAACACCAGACCAAUGCCAGUCCAAACACCAGACCCAAUACCAGUCCAAACACCAGACCAAUGCCAGUCCAAACACCAGACCAAUGCCAGUCCAAACACCAGACCCAAUACCAGUCCAAACACCAGACCAAUGCCAGUCCAAACACCAGACCCAAUACCAGUCCAAACACCAGACCAAUGCCAGUCCAAACACCAGACCAAUGCCAGUCCAAACACCAGACCCAAUACCAGUCCAAACACCAGUCUCUACAACCUUCCAACACUAAUCUUAAUACCAGUCCCAAUAUUAGUCCCAAGACCAGUAACAACACCUGGAACUCAUCCAACACCGCUCUUGACACCUAGACACAUGGCCCAACUUCAGGUCUGACCUGUCCCAACAAAUGUCCUUGCACCAGUCCAACUCCACUCCUGACACCAGUCUUGACACAUGGCCUAACUUCAGUUCUGAGCCGUCCCAGCAGAACUCCUUCCUUUCUAUCUUGACAUCACUUCAGACACCAAUCUCUCUACCACCAAAGUGCAGGCCAGACCAUCUUUUUAUAACCAAAGGUGGCCAAAUGUUUGCUGUGUAAGACGACCAAGUUCAAAAUCAAUACUGAGAACUGCUAAGGUAUUCACACCCCUGAACAGUCAGACAGUGAAAUGUGAAACUGGAAUUUUAAGUGAUGGACUAAAACAAAGUCAUUUAUAAUAGGAACCCUGCAUUUGUAUCCAACCCCAAUUUCCUCUGUGGCCCAAUUAAAUCCACUACCACCAAUCUAUAGAAAUCACUGGAUCAGAGAAGAGUCCACCUGUUUUAAAAUGGUCUAAUCAAAGUCCAGACCUAAAUCCAAUUGAAUAGCUGUUGAAAGACAAAUGCUUUCCGGCCAAUUUGCCAAGAAAAAGUAUGUCAGAAAUUCAUCCUGUAUGUGCGUAAAUGUGGUAGAGAGAAAGCUCAGAGUCGUGAGCUGUCUCACCUGUCACUGUUUUGACAUGCAUGUUUCAUUUUCCUCCCACUCUACCCCCAUGUACUAUUUUGUUUUGCUUUCUUGGUCCAUCACAAAAAUUCCAGUAAACACAUUGAAGUUUGUAACAUGAAAAACGUGAAACGAAAAUCAAAGGUGUGAAUACUUUGGCGAAGCAGCGCUGCAGUGAAACGAAACCAGAGGGAUAAUUCAAAAGGACUCGACUGUUUCUGCUUUUCUUUCAUCUUUUCUGGAUGUUCAAAUGUGCUUUGAUUUGAAAGUGCUUUUUUGUAUUUCUCUUCGUAUUGGUGUUCAUGUUUGAAACAAAUGCCAAUCUGUGCUCUGUAAAUGCUCAAAUAGUAACUUUUUAUAGUCCAUGUCGGUGGUGUUUUGUAUUGACGGUCUUACAAAUGAAUAAAAAUGUUU